AAGGUCAGCACGAAGCAACCCCUCCUCAAAUGGCAACUCCCCCGAUCCCGAAGACGACGCUCCGAGUCGGCUCCCACUGAUCGCUUCUAGAAGCUUCCACAAAGCUCCGGCCCGCCGCCAUGGCCGCGCCCUUCUUCUCCACCCCCUUCCAGCCCUACGUCUACCAGAGCCAACAGGGAUCUGUGACGGCGUUUCAGAUAUCCGGUGGGGAUGUGCAGGUCCUGCAGGUGAUGGUGAAGUCGCAGGACAAGUUGACUGCGAAACCAGGUACAAUGUGUUACAUGUCCGGGAACAUUCAGAUGGACAACAAUUACUUGCCUGAAAACGAUGGAGGCGUGUGGCAGUGGAUAUUUGGAAAAAGCAUAACCAGCACUGUUUUCUUCAAUCCUGGCCCUGAUGAUGGAUAUGUGGGGAUUUCUGCGCCAUUUCCUGGGAGGAUACUGCCUAUAGAUCUAGCAAACUUUGGUGGAGAACUACUUUGCCAGGCAGAUUCUUUCCUCUGCUCGGUCAAUGAUGUGUCAGUCACAAGUAGUACAGUUGAUCAGCGGCCGCGCAACAUUGAAAUUGGUGCAGAGAUGAUCCUCAAACAGAAGCUUAGGGGUCAAGGGAUGGCCUUCCUUGUUGGCGGUGGAUCAGUAAUGCAGAAAAUUCUUGCUCCCCGGGAGGUGAUUACUGUUGAUUGUGCUUGUAUUGUGGCUAUGACAACCACCAUUAACUUUCAGUUACAGAACCCUACCCCACAUAGAAGAGCAGUCCUUGUAUUCGGGGGUGUCAACCAGCUAAAAGCAUCUCUCACAGGACCUGGCGUCGUUUUCAUUCAGAGCCUUCCCUUCAAUCGGCUCUCGCAGCGCAUCGCAAGUAGAUCGGUGGGGGCCCCAAGCUUGAGAGACAACCCCAGGUUCUUCAUCCAGAUCGUCAUGUUCUUCUUCCUGGCCUAUGUCAUGAUUGUGUCGUCAAUAAUUCUGACGGAUGUUUAGGCGAUGAUGCGACGAGCAUAUUGGUGUAAUCCUUUUAGGAUGUUGCCUGGAAGUUGGAAGAGUCAAAGUUGUUGCACCUUACAGACCCCCCCCCCCCCCCUGUAGAUGUCGUGUCGCGGGCGUGAGUAAGCCUGGGAAGAAAUCGCACAGCUGUUGUUAGAAAACAUAGUGGAAAGUUUGUCAGAUUUCUUUUGUAUUAUGGUUUGCGACGAGCAGCCCUUGUUCGUGUGUAGACAGCAAGCUCAAGUUGCACAGCAUAGGUUGAAUAUUACCAUUGACAUUGACUUAGAUCCCAUUGAGCAGUUCGGUCCAUAAAGUUGUUGGUGUA